AUGUUCGCCCGGAAGGGCAAAUCUUCAGAUGUACAGGCCAGCAUCUCGAGAUUCACUGACUUGAAUAGGUUUCGUUUUGAACGCAGAUUUCUGGAGUUCAAUGAAACCUGCUUUUCAGAGAUUGCGUGAGUCGCGUGAAGCAUUUGAAAAUCUUACUGGACACGCUGACAACAAAUGUAAAAUUUUUUUUGACGUUGAUUUGAAUAAUCUUUUUUUUUAGGAAAAGCGGCAGCUGCUCGACGAACACAGCUUUGAAACGUUUCAUCUGGUGGAUGAGCUUCUGCUAGUUAAUGACGUCAGCAGUCAAGUGACAGAAAUUUAUAAAUUACACUUCAAAACGAGCUCUCAUUCAGAUUGACAGUGCAAUCGAAGCAGAAAGCGGUCUGUGGACUCUCGAACAAGUGCUCUGUCUUGCUCCGGAACUCGUGGGCAGUGGUAUGUUCCGUCUUCCUUUCACAAAUCACUGACUAUUUUCAAGGUUGGCAACGACAUGCUAUUGAAUCUCUGCUCAAGAAGGCAGUCUACCCGAAGAAUCUGAUGGCCGUCCGGAAGAUCGCCAUCCGACUUUUCCUCGUUUUCUAUCAGUGCCUGGGCGUGUACGGAAAAGCCACCCCAGACCUGGAUCGUGUCUUUCAAUGCCUUCUUCCUUUCUUUCCUCUUCGAAGUGGCGAGAAUGCAGAAGACGUGCUUAACGAGUACUGUCAGUCGUCUGGAACUGGCGAUUGGUGCGAAAGACUGCGGAACGGACCAAUAAAAUCAACGGCUUCUCCUGCGCAAACGUCGAAAGAAAGAGCGCAGAUGCUGCAGGUUUAUUUGGAUAAAUUCCUGGAGUAUUGUACGCGAGAAACAGUCCGAAUUGAAUGGAACGAUGAAGGAAAAAGGCAGGAUUGUGCCAAUUUUAUUAUUGACAAGUGAGAGCUACGAAUUAAAAGUCAGUACCUAUCACAUUAAUUUUCAGGGUAAUCAAGCUGUACAUGGGCGAGUGUUUCACAGAACUUGAAACGAAUGGAGUUGAUGUAUUCGGAGGAUGGGAAGGAGCGGAUGAGACAGGAGAGCCCCUCGACACGGCCGAUCCUGUCGUCAUUGCAAGGUACUGGCUCAUCCGGUGGAUCAACAACAUCGCUUCGGCCACGCACACUGCCUCGAAUGGCCCACAGACCGCCCACGCUUCCCUUCUUCUCUACCGAAAUUCUCUCUUCUCGUCGCAAAAAGCGACUAAUGUUGCGUUGACUCUGAUGCGAGAAGCCAUGAAACUUCCGUUAGCAUGCAGCAAUGUGACCCACAAAGUAGUGAAUGUGCUCUCUGCGUGGCUGCUUCAGUACGAGAUUCCUCCUUUCGUGGCAUCAGGAGAAGUUACGAUCGAGAGAUGCUCCCUGCUCCUUUCCAACAUCCUCCUCAGCUUUUUCCAUUCUCCAUACCUCUCACAGUGCGGCGAACGGUGAGUCCGUCUCAUCUUUCAUCUAAAAUGGUCUUUGCAGCCAAUCUUCGGCGGUGUCCAUCGCUUUUGCAAUUCUCACGUCCUGCAAACAACUGGUUGCCCAUCGAAUUCAGCUCCCGAAGCCCCUUCCCCAGAAGUUCUGGUCCGAACUGAUGGCUGGGCUCUGCUCGUGCGCUUCCAAAAUUUGUCACCAAUCGGACAUCUUCUCGCAGCACGUCUCAGCCGCAUUCACUUCCACUCUCAUUUCGAACGUCGUCAUAAUUAAGGCAGUUCGACGAAUUGAGAUUGACGAUGAAGUUUGGGAUGAAGUGCACGAAGUUAUGAAAAGAGGAGUCUGGAUUUCGAUGGCUGAACAGUGGGCGACGGUGGGGUUAUUCAAUUUCUCUAAACUCUUUUGAAUCGGAUCUUUCUUUCAGAUUGUCAAUAGUGUGACCCGUGCUCUCAUCCUCCAUCUCGCACACGUUGACAUAUUUUCAAGAGAAGAAGCCCUGAGAAAGGCGACUGAGAGCUCACAAAGCUCGUCCAGUCGUCGGCAGGCGAUCGAGUCAACAACAGCUAUGGAAGAGCCUAGAAAAGAGUCCUCCGAAGGCGGCGAAAGUCUUUCGUCGUCGAAUACGAUCAGCGAAGAUAAUGUGUUCCACGACACUGAUGACAUCACAAAUGCCGUCACCGUUAGUCACAGAGUUUCCCAGGAUCUUUUAUAAGGCACUUUUUUUUCAGUCCUGGUCUGGAGAUAAACUGGCGUGGCUCCAGACGUGGAGACGGGUGAUCUCACUGGUUGAUCCGUACACGAAUGCGAGUGCUCACGUGGCAAUUGACUGCACUUCGCAGACAAUCAAGAACCUUCUCUCGGUUGGUUUUUUUUCUAGUGAAUAAUUCCAAUGAAAUGUGCUCUCAGGUGAACCUCCAUCCUCUCGCCCACUGGCUCGCUUGUCGCCUCGUCACUGUGCCGCCCAUUCUGCUUCCUCGUUGCGUUCCGGCCCUUUCUGCUAUUUUGAACGAGUCCAGUGUUCGGAGACCUCCCCCUCUCCUCUCCGCGAACAUUCUUCUCUGCUUCAUCCGAUUGAUGCAGUCCAAGGAGCAACUCGUUGUCCCAGCCAUCUGUGGACUUUCUGCUCACGAACUCUCGAUUGUUGCUCCACGAGCUCUAGAACAUCUUCCGAAAAUGUUGAGUGCCGCGAAAACGUCCAAAGACUCUAAGGUUUCCUCGAACUCGCUCAAACUCUUUUCAAUGCUCGCAUCCUCCUAUCCUGGAGCCGAGCAAGUUCUCCUGGAUCAACUGGCAAACACGGAUGCAGCCGAUAACGCUGUCGUUAUUGUGAAUACAUUGGCCAUUUUGAUCGUGCAGAGGGCUCAGAUUGAUCUAGUUCUGACUGCGAUGAAAAUGAUUGAGACGCAUCAGUUCGCAAUGAGACUCAUCCCUCUCUUCUGCUCUUCAAUUGCAUCUCUCGCUCAAUUCAGCAGCACAACUCUUCUUCAAGCUCUGCUCAGAGCUGCCUCGCUGCUGAGAGACGAACGGACGAGGACGGAAGUCGAGUGGCAGAUGACGAAACUGUGUGUGCAAUGGCCGCAACCUCAGCUGCCGCUGGUCAUACGAGGAAUAAUUGCCGAUCGGCACUCUGUUUUACUCGGAGAAUUGGUUUCCCUGGGUGGACAGUAUCCGAUGAGGGGAUUCGAUGUUUCGAGGUGGAAUUCAAUUGAGAGUAGCCCGAAAACAACGCCGGGAGCACAAGAAGAAAAGACAGUAUAUGUGAAUAGAAGCUCGGCGAUUGUGAGCAUUUCUAGGAAAGCUUCAUGUGAAGUGACGUGCAGAACUGUAGUCGGUAGGCAUGUGUGGGAACUGGACACGCACGAAGAGAAGAAGAAAACAGCGACGAAUGUGACGAAUUGGUUGCGGAAAGAAGCUAUGAAGGGGAAGAGACCGGGCAGAGAAAGCCAGGGGAUCCUUGGAGCCAUGGAUGACCCGUUCGAUGAACUGCCCGAGGUCAGAGCUCCGUCCGUCGGAUCUUCGUACACGGACGCGUCGCCGAUUGAAGGAUCAGCUCAGUUCGCAUCAAUUAUCGAAACGAGUCGUCGGCAGCCGCAACCGAUCGGCAGCUACUCGCAACACGAUGCUCCCGCUUUCACGCCGAACUCGAAACUGUUGGAAUGGAGAUCUCUUUCUGCUUCUCUUGGAUUCGUUCCUGCCGUCUCCUCGGUUCACACGAACUUUCAGAGAGAUCUCAAACAUUUGGAUCAAACGUCUUCUCGAGAAGUUCACAAAGUUGCGAUCAUCUACGUCAGCGAAGGACAGGAAGAUCGCAGCUCGAUCCUUUCGAAUAUAGCUGCAUCUCCUCAGUUCGACGAGUUCACAGGAGAACUCGGAUGGGAAGUGAAAAUAGGAAGAGGACAUGACGGAUAUCACGGAGGACUCCCAGUCGAAACGAGGGCUCCAUACUAUGCGGACGCAGAGUGCGAAGUGAUAUUCCACGUGAGCACAAUGCUGAACGGAGAUGUACAACAGAAAUGGAAGCAUAUCGGAAACGACGAAGUGCACGUCGUCUGGACAGAAAACAGUCGAAAGACGUACACGAGGGAGACUAUCGCUACCAAGUUUUGUGAUGUGCUUAUUGUUCUAGAGCAUGUUGGAGACAAGGUACGACUUAUUUUCAGUCCGGAAACCUUCUAGAUUUCUUUCUCAGAUGGUUCGCGUCCGAGUCGACACUUCUUCCACCCUCGAGUUUGGCCCUCUCUUCGACGGAGCACUGGUCUCCAUGUCUGAGUUGGCCCAGCUGGUCAGGCUCACUGUGGUAAAUACACGGAUUACAUCAAGAUUCUAAAUCUAUCAUUACAGAUCAACGCAUCUCGCGCUUACCGUCUCGCACGCGUCGAGCAUUCCCGCCCGCUCCGUCACCGAGAGGAAGUGUUCUGCAAUGAAGCGUUGGCUCACAUGCGACCAAUGGCUCUGGCUCAAUCGAUCAAUCAUUUGUACGUUCCCACCAUUUAG